GAAGACACGUUCGCGUCAGUUUCAGUUUUGACAAACUGAAAAGCGUAUUACAGAGAUAGAAAGUGAUGUUUUAUUGAUGAUAUGUAUAGUGUGAUUCACAAUCUUCCAUGAGAAAUGAGUAUGUUGAAUCAGGCGGCCGUGGAGGCCCUUUGCUCAGCCACAUAUCUGGAGAAUUACCUGGAUGCCAUGGAAAAUCUUCCUGACGAUUUACAGCGCAGUGUCUCUCAACUCCGAGAGCUAGAUUCUCAGUGUAAAGAUAUUCUACAAGAGCUGAAUCAUCAUCAUGAAUUGUACAAAAAAGAAGUGGAAGGACCUGGCAAGAAGCGGGCGUUCAAUGCUUUACAGAGGGGCUUGAUCAGAUGCCAGGAAAUAGGGGACGAUAAAAUUCAACUUUUGGCUGUUGUCAUCGACCAUAUAGAAAACAGAACAAGGCAGCUUGAUCAGGAUCUGGAAAACUUAGAUCCAAGCACAGGUAAGGAAGACAAGCCUGAUGAACCCGCAUUACAAACUACAGUCACAGCGAAGAAGAUAGAGGCUGAAAAGGUGGAGAAUAAGAGCAACAAGAGGCAGAGGCGACAGAAACAGCAUGACUUGGUUAUCCGAGAAGAGGAUAAAAGGGAGGAGAAAGCCCCUAAAAAGAAGAAAAAACGCAAGACAAAGAAGGAUAAGGAGGGUGACCGUUCUCCUAUAGAACCCAUAGACCCUGAUGAGCCUACAUACUGUCUGUGUGACCAGGUGUCAUAUGGUGAAAUGAUAGGCUGUGACAAUGACGACUGCCCCAUUGAGUGGUUCCAUUUUAACUGUGUCGGACUUACAACAAAACCUAAGGGGAAGUGGUUCUGUCCUAAAUGUCGAGGAGACAAGCCCAAUGUGAAGCGGCCAGAUCUUAAGUAGUUGUUGGUUACACAGGUGCUCUGUAUUUUGUCAUCUGCUCAUUAAUUUACAUCAUUCUCUUAUGCCUAACCCAGUCAUGGUGCAUUUUUGUAUUUUAAUCAGCCAGCCAGAACAACAUGCAUUUGAGAGUGAUGAUGCAAGGGCUGCGGUUUAUCAGCUAUAAACAUGAACACCAGUCAGUUCAGAGCUGUAUGGAAAGUCCAGGGCAGCAACACAAACCCUCUCAUUCAUAGACAGGAUGCAGUCUUCAUAUGUCACUCUAUCAAAUAACAUUGCUCAUUGUUUGUUGUAAUCAUGGCAUGUCAUCUUUGUGUUCUCGGCAUGAAAUGUGUCCAAUUUUCGUUCAGCAAUCUAGCAACGUUGACACAUCAAGACAGAAUGCACAUCAAUGUGCAUUGAUUCACAUUGAAUACAGUUGUGGACAUACCAGAUUUCGUGAUGAAUUUGCAAAAGGUGAUUCGAUUCUGUU